AUGGCGGAUGAUGUGGAAGCAGGUUGUUCACGUCCAAAACGAGUGAAAACGUAUUGUAACCGUAAUAAAGGGCUUACAGAAAAAGAACUGUAUGAUAUUCUUGCCAAUUCGGGGAGUGAAAUCGAGAAUCUAAGUGACUCAGACAAUUAUGUUCCCAGUUCAGAUGGAAGUGAGCAGUCUGAUGGAAAUAUGUCUGAAACGAGUGAUGCUUUUUCCAGCCCACAGAAAAAUCUUUAA